AUGAAAAUUUACCGCAUCGGCGUCGAUGUCGGCGGUACCAACACCGACGCCGCUAUUAUCGACAUCACGGCCACGGAUACACCAUCCCGCGGUGUUUGCGCAUCGAGUAAAACGCCCACUACUCCCGAUGUAACGACAGGUAUCUAUACGAUCAUCGAAAAUGUUUUGACAGACACAGGCAUUGAUCGUGCGGAUGUGCUAAGUGUGGCGAUUGGGACGACGCAUUUUGUAAAUGCGGUUGUGCAGGCUGAUGAGAGGCGGUUAAGUCGGGUUGCUGUUGUUAGGCUGUGUGGGCCCUUUACUAGGCAGGUACCCCCAUGGGCAGAUUUUCCGCCGACUCUGAAGAGCAUCGUAGGAGGUCCUGUAUACUAUCUUGACGGGGGUAUGUUAGAUCCAUCAAUCCAUAAAUUCAGUUAA